AUGGCGUCUCCAGCUACAAUGAGCAAGAAACGUAACCAUCCUGAAGAGGCAAUUACGAAUCCCGAAAAAAGAGCGUGUCUUGAAGAACCAGCAGACCUUGUUGUUGAGCUGACAAGUGUGUUGGCAGAGAUCAAGAGCACACCUUCGUCAGGCCAGAUCUCGGCUGAGCUUCUUGAAACCUUAAAAGGACUCAUGCUCCAGAUCGAGCAUCUGUCGGCCGACAAAUCAAACACAAAAGCAAGAGAGAUGAAAGAUGAAAGUGAUCGAUGCCUGGAAUCAUGGUUCGAUGAUCUGUUGGCCCAGUGCGAGGCCGAUGGCGAGUUGGACUGGAAUGAGCUUGAGCUGGAACUUAGCGAAGAUGACGACGACGAUGUAGAAGAUACCUUGGCAUUGGCACUGGCUUUACAGGAAGACCAUGACAAUGACAAUGAUAAUGACGAUGAGAGUGAGAUCGUUGAUAUUGAAGAACUAAGCGACUGUAUCGAAUCUAGUUCUUUUUUAUCCGCAUUUUUCCUUGACCUCCUCCAUUCCCCUUCGAUUACCCCUCGCUAA